CAAUCACAUUCAAGUUAAUGCUGUUUAUAAAAAAAAAAUUAAAAAUGUCCCCCUGGAGAUGUCAGUAAAUAUUCUAGAUUUCUCGUGUAGUCUGGUCAAAACGUAUCGAUCUAACGGCAUUUGACCAUGGAGUUUACGGAUAGUGAAAUACGUGAAGAACUAGCACGCCUUGGUUACAGAGAUGUGCCAGAUGGAAAACUAACAGAAUUUAAAAAAGAUCUCAUGAGACUUAUCAUAACAGAAAGAAGCAAAAGCAACUCUCUGAAUAGCAGUGCCGAUGCGGAUGGGUUUAAAGCUGCAACUAAACAAGGAGACUUCGUAUAUGAUAGCACAAAAAAAUAUGAUGAGCCAGCUCAUGCUGGGUACAGAGAGAACUGGCGCUAUAAAGGACAUGAAGAGACAUCUAAGUAUUCUACUGAUUAUACCUUUGACAAAACAGGGAGAGUGCCAGGAACAUACAGUUUGUAUGAUAUCCCAAACAGUUCAAGAUCUGAGAACAUCUAUGGCUAUAAAUAUGACAAAAGCGGUGUAGUUGAUGAUGGUUACUCUGAAACAGAUUCUGAAAUAACAAGGCAAUUAAAAAGAAAAACAAGCAGAAAAACCUCAGAUGGAAGUCGAGUUGUAGAUGAGUCUUCAAGUUCUACUGGAGUCGCAGACCUCUAUGAUAUUUAUGAAAAAGUCAAGAACUUGGCAAUGAGAGAUUGUGAGUGUGGCAAAAGUAGACCCACUUCAUCUGCUACUGAGCCACCUUAUCGUAUUAAAGGAGUCAACAAAAACCCAUCAGUUAUUAAAGUAGGAGAUGCUCCCAAUCCCAGGAGUUCAGCUCGAAUGGCCCCUAACAAACGCUACCAUAUGUACAGGCAGUUAUGGAAGGUGCAGCCCCCUAUUGGCGAUGACAUCAGGCGCAAUGUCAGGAAUGAAGUGCACACUAGGAUGCUCCAAAAAGAAGAUAUAAAGGUUUAUCAAAAGACCUAUAUUCCAAAUUCAUAUGUUGUACCCACUGAGAAGCCACGCUAUGAUCUGCGUUGGCAAGUACGUAAAGCUAAUGCUAUGUAUGAAAUGCCACCUCAUGGAUUUUACCAUGAAGUGUAACAUUCUUUAUGAAACCAAAGGAAAAAACAUACAAACGCUUGUGGCACUUAAUUGCAACACUUUACCGUCCAUUAAAUUCCAAAAUGAUUGAUUGACUUUCUCACAUAAGAACUGAUAAUUGCUUUUCAUCAGAACAAAAGACAUUCAAGAAAAUGUACAAUUUCAAGGGAGGACAAAACUGUCAUUAAUUAGUCAAUUAGAAGUUACACUAUGGAACAGCAUGUUAAUACUAGAAAAAAAAAGUUUAAAAAAAAAUGUGCAAAACUAGAAAGACACCAUGGGAUUUUUAACAUACAAUUUCUAUCACCAAACUGUCUUCAAAACAUGAAAGGCUAGUGGCAUAACCUAAUGGUUAGCAGUUGUUUUUUGCUCAUUUGGAGAAACCGAUUGGAGGGGGGCAGGGGGAAGAGGAUACUGAUUAGAAGUUGUGUUAUAGAUUUAGAGUUAGUUGUCUGAGGUCCAUGUCAUAUUUGUUGAGAACCAUCCUUGCAGAAAUUGAUGAUGAAUUUAUUCUGUAAGUGAAGUGCAGUCUAUGCUAUUGAAAUUGUUUCCUGCUUAAGUUUUGAACAAAAGUGGAGCAUUGUUCUAUAUGAGACUGAUUUUAAUACAAAUGUUUUAUUAUGUAAAUCAAUUAAUUCUGUUUCUACUUUUAUUAUAUUUAACAAAUUAUUUUUACAAAAUAGUCUUUUUUUUUUGUAGACUGCAUAAAGUUUUUACAAAAUAUGUUGAUGAUUUAAUUAUUCUUAUAUCAGGAUUUGACCUACUUCUCUUUGUACAUAAUUGCUGCUAAUAAAAUUACCAUUUUGCAUAUCUUAAAAACA